CAGUAAGCACCAAGAAGAAGAGUCAUUUCAGAAAUAGCAGAUUAUCUGAAAAUGUGAGUGUUUAUUUUAAGGAUGGCGUUUAUUCGGUCUCAGAGUGACUUUGCACAAGAGAAUUUAACAUCUGAUGAAGAAACGUUGCCAGAUUUUGAGGAAGUUAUCGUAAAAUCAGAGGACGAAAUCGAUGAUCCACCAACUCCGUUGGAUGUCAACCGGCGAGAUCUCCAACAGCAUGGCGUUUGGAAAGAGGAUGCUCUGGCUGAUCCUCUCCACAGCCACAAGAGGAACCUCAGUUUGGACCAGGAGGAGCCAGAACUGCAGAUAAAAGAGGAAGAGAUGGAGCUCUGCAUCUGCAGAGAUGAAGAGCAGCUUGUGCUGAAGGAGGAUUCGGAUGCCUUUACAGUGACUCCUACUGAUGAGGAACCAGAACCAAACUGGUUCCAACUCGUCUCCCAGGACUCUCCUGAAGUGGAUAACCAGGAUCAGGGAGGAAGCGAUUCAGAAGAGUCAGGGUCAAAGAGUGAUGAAGAGCAAAUGCUGAAUGUGUGGGAUGAGAAUACCCGGCUGGAUCGUCGGUAUUCUGUGGCGUCACAGCAGGAGGAGCACAGCACUCACAAAGACAAGAAGCAAUAUUCAUGUAACCUGUGUGAUAAAAGCUUUUCUCAAAACAGCAACUUGACUAUACACAUGAGAAGUCACACAGGGGAGAGGCCUUUCUCAUGUGACACUUGCGGCAAAGGUUUUACAACAAAAUCAAAUUUAACUCUUCACUUGAGAACACACACUGGUGAGAAGCCUUUUCCAUGUGCGACCUGUGGGAAAAGCUUCAGCCUUAAAUGUAUUUUAACCGAACACAUCAGAACCCACACGGGGGAGAAGCCUUUUCCAUGUCCGGCCUGUGAGAAAUGUUUUCCCUCAAAGAACCAUUUGAAUAAGCAUAUGCGAAUCCACACAGGCGAAAGGCCUUUCUCCUGCCUGACCUGUGAAAAAAGGUUCAGUCUAAAGUGUAAUUUAACCGAACACAUGAGGACUCACACUGGUGAGAAACCAUUUCAGUGUUUGGCCUGUGAAAAAAGUUUUAACUCCAAAAAUCAUUUAAACAAGCACCUGAGAAUCCACACAGGGGAGAGACCUUUCUCCUGCGCGAUCUGUGCAAAAAGGUUUUCUCAGAAGAGCUGUUUAACGGAUCACAUGAGAACUCACACGGGGGAAAAGCCUUUUCUGUGCGAUAUGUGUAAAAAGGCCUUCAGCCUCAGAAGUAGUCUGAAUAACCACAUGAGAAUUCAUACAGGAGAGAAGCCCUUUUCAUGUCACACUUGUCAGAGAACGUUUGGUCUAAAGAGCCGUCUGAACAGACAUAUGAGAUCCCACACGGGGGAGAAACCUUUUACAUGCAACGCGUGUACGAAAACAUACAGCCUGAAGAGUAGUUUGACUAAACAUAUGAAGACUCAUAUUAGCUAGAAGCAUCUGCUCUGUGUGAUGCGUCAGAACCAAGCGGUAGCAGCUUUUUACUAUGAAAACUCAAGUUUGCUUGUCGGUUUCGUGGGGAAGACUUUCAGUGGUUUUGCUGUCGACUUGAAAAAUUACACAGAUGAGAAUGUGGAAUGUGAGUUUUGAUAAAUUUUCCCAUACUGGGGUGUUUUAAGUUGAUUAUUUAACAAAUUGAAGUCUGGAGAAGCAGAAGUAUUGUUUUGAGGAAAAAACUGAAUUCAACCACUCACUGAAUUUUAGACCACUGAAAUUCAGACAAGAUCAGUUUGCUUCAAAGUCAAUCUGAAAUCAAAUUAGAUGGAUGUGGAAGAUCUCUGUUUCCGCAUCACAAUCUCAGUUUAAUAAAAGAAUAGAGACAAAACUUAGGCUAAAUUGUUAGUACAGAUGUUUCUCUAAAACAUAGGAACUGCUAUUGCUAUUUUGUUACCUUACACAUGUACCAAAGUUUGCAAUAAGAUUUGGAGUAAUGUUUUAAUAUUUUGUUGGAAAUUAGUUCUGAGGCUUAACAGGUUACAUGACUAAUUCCCAAAGUGGGAACGCUACCCUUAGAAGCGGAGGCACAGUGUUAUUGCUUUAAAAAAAAAACAAGGACACUGUGACUUUAAAAACUACUUUAAAAACUGCCUUUUGUUUGAAAGGGGAUUUUAGCUUUUUUUUUUUAUAUGGUUUAUUACUAUAGUUCAGCUGCUGAAAUGAUUGGUCAUAAGGGUUUCUAUAAACUUGCUAUUGGUCAGGAAAUAUGUGCAAAAUAAUAGGAACAAACCUGAUGAACUCUGUGUGCAGGAAACAUGGAAUAAACCAACUUUGGAUUUUGUUAUCAGGGCAUAUGAUUGUAUUCGUAGAGAUAGACAGGAAGAAAAUUGUGGAGGAUGUAUAAUUUUUGUUUAUUGUGAAUUUA